GUUUGUUUGUCCCUCUUAGCUUUCCGUAAUGUUUACAUCCGGUUUAGCCAAAAUGGCGUCGGAACGAUAAACGCCUGUUAGCUAACAGCGAGCAGCCCGGAGCCAUGGCGGAGGUGGAGGAGCUACGGCCCGUCCCGCGAGAGAGAGCCAUCCUGGAGAGCUUCUUCGCUCAGCUCGGGAUGUUCUCCUUCGACCGGGCCAAGGACUACGUGGAGAAGGAGAAAGACAGCAGCCGGAGCUCCGGUGCCAUCUGGGGCUCCCUGCUAGCAGCGCUGGCUCACCUGGCCGCCGCGGAGAAGGUGUACCACAACCUGACGUUCCUGGGCCAGAAGCUAGGCGGCCAGUCGUUUUUCAGCCGGAAAGACUCCAUCCGCACCGUCUACACGUCGCUGUACAACGAGCUCAGAAAGGUGGUGACCAUGGGGCGGCACAGCCAACCCGCCGCCUCCUCUUCAUCAUCCUCCUCCUCCCUGGAGGACCUCCUGUCCCACCUGUCAGAGCAGCUCUGCCACUUCACCCAGGCCCGCAUGGAGAUGGCCGACCUGUACGAGAAGCUGCACUCUCUGGGCGCCCAGAAGAGCGUCAACUCAGAGGAGCUGGUGUCCGCGCUGGAGGCCGCACUGCACAAAUACAGCAACAAGUUCCACCACCCGAUCCUGGCCCGGGUGGAGGAGGGCUUCCAGACGGAGGUGGACGUGGUCACCCAGCUGCUGCGCUGCCAGGCCCAGGUGUCCGAGUGGCACUUCCUGCCCGCGCUGCUCAGCCUCCACGGCGCCCACGCCAAGCUCACGGCCUGGGCCCAGCUCUUCCAGCGCCAGAAGGAGACCCGGAAGAACCUGUUCGGCGGCCAGUCCCAGAAGGCCGUGCAGCCCCCGCACCUGUACAUGUGGCUGCAGCGCUUCCACGCCACGCUGCUCGCCAAGUUCAGCUUCUACUUCCACGAGGCUCUGAGCCGGCAGACGGCGCCGGGCGACAUGAGGGCGCUGACGGCCCGCGCCGCGCCGGACUUCUACGGUAAGAUCUCCGCCUUCAUCCGGAAGCACGACGCCAGCAACGUGUCGCUGGUGUUCGACAACCGCGGCUCGGAGAGCUUCCAGGGCCACGGCUACCAUAAAGGUGGAGCAGUUCCGCCGGUGUCGCUGUUGCCGUCCGAGCGUCAGCCCCACUGGCCCAACGUCAUCAUGAUGAUGAGCGACCGCGCCGCCGAGCUCAACACGCUCGACAAGGUGGUGCAGUUCUACGACGACAAGGUCCAGAGCACCUACUACCUGACCCGGCCCGAGCCGCACUUCACCCUGGUGGUCAUCUUCGACGGCAGGAAGUCGGAGAAGGACCAGCACAUCACUUCCUUCCUGCAGGAGAUCUCCGGGUCGCUGCGGAACUGCAAACCGUUCAGCAUCCUGAAGCCGGGAUCGAAGGGGUGAACCACUUCCUGUCUGAACUCACGACGGUCCAAACUGAUCUCAGACCAGAAACAUUUCAGCUUCUGAUCCGUUUUAUGGCUUGGAUACUAAAAACAACCAAACUUCAAACCAGUUUUAUAGUUUUACAAACCAAAUAAAGUUUUCUGAAGCAUC